CUCAGUUUGAAUUGUCCUCCUAUGCAGUAAUUUUGUGGGAAGGAGCAGAUAUACGCUUGUAUAUAUGUCUUUUGUCUGCUAACAUUCUGAUAAAUCAGCUUUCAAACAUGAAAUUUCGGUCAAAAAUUGUUGAUGUGGUCUGUCUCCAGCAUUUUACACGUGUGGUGAGUACCAUCUCGAAAUUGACAAAGACCUGCACACUGCGGCUCACUACCAGCAACCUGUAUUUCAUACUGUGUGAUAAAGUUGCCAAUGGGGGAGUCAGCAUGUGGUGUGAGCUGUCUCAGGGCAACUUUUUCGAUGAGUUUCAGUUGGAGGGUGUGUCGCCAGAUGCCAACGAGAUUUAUCUAAAGCUUGCUCCUGAGAAUCUCUCGAGGGCUCUGAAAACGGCUAAUAAUGCCAAAUCCCUCAAGAUCAAACUGACAAAAAAGCACUGUCCUUGCAUCACUUUGGCAGUGGAACUGAAGCUGGGGAAUAUCAAUAUCGACACCGUGGCGUUUUCAACACUGGGUUGGGUUCUGCCCGUGUGCGCUCUGUACCCGCUGCUGAAGCGCACAUACUGCUCCUCUCUUUCACAGGUGCUGGAAGCAAACCGGAACGGCGAGAUGAAUCUGAAGAUCGAAACCGAUCUCGUGUCCGUGGCCACACACUUCAAAAACCUUGAAAAUCCUCCCUGGGACGGCGACGAAUCCCAGGGCCCCAGUCAGGACCGACACCCCGAGACCAUGGCAGAGGCCCGGAUCGACAUUAGGAAGCUUCAGCAGUUCCUCGCCGGGCAGCAGGUCAAUCCUUGCAAAGCGGUGUGCAAUAUUGUCAGCGGAAGGAUUGUGCACUUCAUUUUGCUUCACGAGGACGUGUCCCUGCAGUACUUUAUACCAGCUGUGGCCUGAGAGGAGGCUUUCUGAGCUGGCGUGGCUCUAAGGGAGGUUUUUCUCCUCAGAACCAUCUGGGUAGGUUUCAGAAGGAAUAAGGGGUUUGUUUCUAAAAGACAGAGUGGAGAAUCCAGCAGGCAUCUCUUUCAGCAUUUCACACAGUGUCUGGAAACCUGGACUGUAGACUGCAAUGCUUGGAAAAGUUAUUAAUAACAUCAUCAGAACAAAAAGGAAGAAGGCUUUUAUUCAUUAUUACCUUCUCCCCCAAUAGCAAAAUCUAGGCGCUGUAUCCCUGAUUUAAUUCAUGAUCACAUUCAGUUUUAAUUUAUCCGUCAGUCUUUAGAAAUCAUUGACUACGACUUGGAACAGUCAAACAUAUUUUGAUUCUUUUUUAUAAUUAAUACUCCUUUCACGGAUAAAUGCAUUUGAUUGCAUAAACCCAAUAUUUAUUUAAGUAACUGCAGUUAACUAAAUCCACUAGAUUUCUUGUGAAUUAUAUAUAUCAAGGAGUGAGCAGGUUGGAACUGACUUGUUUUUUUUUUAUUUCACAGUUCUCUGUACAAUAUUUAUCUUUUGUAAAUAAAAAAGAUUUUACUUCA